CAGGUGGCUAAGGACAAUGAGGUGAUGGUAGCUAUCUCCAACGCCAACUACGCGCAGCCGGGCGGCAUGCUGGACCUGUGGAUGGCUGGGGUUAGGCGAGCCAACGUGACAAAUGCGCUCAUUGUCGCACUGGACGACGCCACGCAGCAGCAUGCGGAGAGCCUAGGCUUCACCGCGUACCAGAUGAGCCUGCAGAAGGGGGUGGGCUCCAACCACGCAGUGUCAGGGCUGAAGUUCCGAGUGCUGCGGCCGAUGCUGGACUUGGGGUACGCGGUGUUAUUGAGUGAUGUGGACAUCAUCACGCUGCAGAACCCCUUCCAGUUCCUGCACCGCGACAGCGAUGUUGAGGGCAUGAGCGACGGCUGGGACAACGCCACCGCCUAUGGCUACAACGACGUCCGGGACGACGCGGCGAUGGGGUGGGCGCGCUAUGCGCACUCCAUGCGCGUGUUUGUCAUGAACUCGGGCCUCUUCUACAUGCGCCCCACGCGCGCGUCUGUCGACCUACUGGACCGCAUUGUGCACCGCCUCAACACCGAGGACGGCUGGGACCAGGCCAUCUUCAACGAGGUCAUAUUCUUCCCCUCCCGCCCGGGCUAUACAGACCCAGGGGUCACGCGGCGCAUCAUGGACUUCAUGCUGUUCAUGAACUCUAAAGUGCUCUUCCGCCAGGUCCGACAUGACUCUCGGUAUGAGAGCCUGAGGCCUGUGAUGAUCCACGUGAAUUACCACCCAGACAAAAACGCGCGCAUGCUUGCUGUUGUGGACUACUACGUCAACAACAAGAAGUCCGCCCUGCAGCCAUUUCCAGAUGGUUCCGAGUGA